CUUUACUGGACAUGUUUAACCUCCCUGGCGGUAUUCCCGAGUGUAGCUCGGGGUAAAGUUUCUGUACCAAAAGCGGUAACCCCGAGCUACACUCGGGCUUACCAUGUGGCGCUGCAUAGGGAGUCCCUGCAGAGCUUACCUUGUCCUUCACUCCCGCGAUAUGUCCCCUGCAGCAUCCCCAGCCAUCUGCUCCGGCUGAUGCCGGCAUCCGGCUUCUGUGUUCCGGUCCCUGUGACGUCGGGACGUACGGGCGCCGCCUCAGGCGGCGGGAAAUUUGAAAAUUUUAAAAAAAUUUCAUUUUUUUCAAAACGAAUUUUACAUAGUAAAACAUUGCUGUUUCAAACCAUUUCACAUACAUUUUGUCCCGAGUGCUUUGUCCUGUGCCCUGCCUGCAAUUUUACUGUUCUUUCUGCCUGUAAACUGAGAAACAUGCAUGGCGUCCAAAAAGUGUCCCUUUAGGUCAAAAGCGGUUUUAGACCAGCUAGAGAACAGCGAUAGUAAAUCAGAACCACUUGCAGAAUUGAGUGAUAAUGAUUCGUGGGGAAAUUCGUCAUCAGACACUGA